AUGGGCUGCUGCUUCUCAGAGCCAGUUGACUUCGAUGGCGAGGUUAACCUGUACCACUUUGACCUCCACCGUGCGGUCGGGAAGGGCGCCUUUGGCAAGGUCCGCGUCGUCGAGCACAAGAAGACGAAAAAGCUGUACGCGCUCAAGUACAUCGAGAAGACGCGGUGCAUCAAGCAGAAGGCGGUCGCGAAUGUCAUCCAGGAACGCAGGCUGCUGGAGGAGAUUGACCACCCCUUCGUCGUCAAUCUGCGCUACGCGUUCCAGGAUGACGAGAACUGCUUCUUUGUGCUGGAUCUCAUGCUUGGAGGGGAUCUGCGCUUCCACCUUGAGCGCAAGGGUCACAUACCCGAAGAGGUCGUGCGUUUCUGGGUCGCGGAGCUCUCCUCUGGCCUCGCAUACCUUCACAAGCGGAAAAUCGUCCACAGGGAUAUUAAACCCGACAACGUUUUGCUCGACGCGGCUGGCCACGCUCAUCUCACUGACUUCAAUGUCGCCAUCCACUACUCUGAGCGCCGGCAGCAUACCAGCGUCGCGGGCAGUAUGGCGUAUAUGGCGCCUCAGGUCGUCGGGCGCAAAGGGUAUUCUUGGCAAAUCGACUGGUGGAGUCUCGGAGUAACUGCCUACGAGCUCCUUUUCCACCGGAGGCCUUUUGAUGGUCGUACAGCGGAGCGCAUGACCCAAUCCAUCAUCAAGGAUUCACUCAAGUUUCCGGAGGACUGCAGGACGAAAUGCAGUGAUGCUGGCCUGACAGCGCUGAAGGGAUUCCUGCAGAAGGAGCCCGAUCACAGAUUAGGCUGCGUACCAGGGAAGGGUUUCGAUGAUCUCAAGAGACACCCGUGGUUCAAGCCAAUAGAUUGGGCGACACUGGAAACGAAAGAGGCGCAGCCUCCGUUUGUCCCGGAUAUGAAGCAGGCCAACUUUGAUGUCUCCCAUGAGCUGGACGAAUUCCUCAUGGUCGAGAAACCCCUCACACAUACCAAACGCAAGGCCAACGCAGAUUUGGACAAGCUGAAGCCCGAGAUGCGUCAGCUUGAGGAGCAAUUCACCGUCUACGACUUCACGCGACCAAAUCGCAUGUCGUACUAUCCGCACAACCAAAUCGUCACCAGACUCGGUACCGAAUCAACAGACCAUACCGCCGUCUCACAAACCGGAACUCUUGUACCAACGUCGACCGUCGCUGAGCGUUCAACGGCCGGCUCACCAGUCACUGAGAACGUCAAUGCAUUCCAAGCACCGAUCGUCCCAGCAGACGACCCUUCAUCCUCAUCACCGAUAUCACCCUCAGACCCCCCACCCACACACGCACCUUGA